CUUUUGCCAAGCAGUAAAAAUAUAAAAAUCCCCAAAUUCUGGCGGGAAUUUGAUUUGGCGGAAAUUGUUCAUAAUUUGACAUUUUUACUCAAGCUCGUAGUCGUAGCUUCCCAUUAUCUUUCAAUUUUGUAAACCCUUAGAGAGAGAGAUUAUCAGCUCUGUAUUUUUAGGGUUUCAUUUCUUCAUCGAUAGAGAACAUUUUCAUACCAUGGAUGGAAAUGGCCUAUCCUCUGAUGAAGUCAUUGCAAAACUGAUUGAGAUGGGAUUUCAGAAUUCUUCUGUCUUGGAAGCUGUAAAAGCAGUGGGUCCAUCAUUUGAUGAUGCUCUGGAGUAUCUCUCAAAUUAUUCUCAUAGAAAUAGUCGGGGUGCAUCUAGUAGUUCUAGAUGUUCCACAAGCAAUGAAAAAAAUCUAGGUAAAAGAACCUUGUCCUCCUUACCUUCUUCAGGUCAACUACGACAGUCGAGCAUACUGGACCAUUUCCAAUCCACAGCUAGACCUAAAAAACGCAGGACUGGUUUUCUACCUGAUGCAUUGGUUCCUGUGGAAGAACAUAAGGAAGAUCUUUCUGGCAUGCAUUGUAACCUUGAAACUAUGUCGGAAUUAUUUCCAGUUGACUGCCCUUGGGAGUUGGACAUUGCAUCAGAUUGGGAGAAGAAAGUUGUCAGUCUCUUGCAAAAGCAUUUCCGGUAUUCAUCCUUGAAGAAUUUCCAGAAGGAAGCCUUGGCUGCUUGGUUAGCUCAUCAAGAUUGUCUUGUCCUUGCCGCCACAGGGUCUGGGAAAUCAUUGUGUUUCCAGAUUCCAGCGUUAUUAACAGGGAAAGUUGUAGUGGUGAUUUCACCCUUGAUUAGUUUGAUGCAUGAUCAAUGCUUAAAGCUAGCAAAACAUGGGGUCUCUGCUUGCUUUCUUGGUUCUGGGCAACCUGACAGUACUGUGGAACAGAAAGCAAUGAGAGGCAUGUAUAGCAUUGUAUAUGUUUGUCCAGAGACAGUUUUAAGAUUGAUAAAACCACUUCAGAGGCUUGCAGAAGGUCGUGGAAUUGCUUUGUUUGCCAUUGAUGAAGUCCAUUGUGUUUCCAAGUGGGGUCAUGAUUUUCGGCCUGAUUACAGGCGACUAUCUGUGUUGCGGGAGAAUUUCAGUGCUUGCAAUUUAAAAUUCUUAAAAUAUGAUAUACCACUGAUGGCCUUGACUGCUACUGCCACAAUUCGGGUUCGGGAAGAUAUUCUUAAAUCGCUGUGCAUGUCAAAGGAAACAAAAAUUGUUAUUACUUCAUUUUUUAGGCCAAAUCUUCGGUUUUCGGUAAAACAUAGUAGAACAUCUUCACCAGCUUCCUAUGCAAAGGAUUUCAGUGAAUUGAUAGACAUGUAUGUCAGAAAGAGAAAGACUGGUGAGAAGAAACAGACUAUCAUCUCAGAAGAAUUAGAUGAUACAUCUUAUGGCUCUGAUAGUUAUGAAAUUGAGGAUUCCUAUACUGGUGGAGAUGUUGAUGAAGUAGAUUCAACGGAGGAAAAUGGUUUGACUGCUUCAAAGGGAAAAGAGAUGUCAGUUGAAUAUUUAGAAAAUGAUGUUGACGUAUUUCAGAGUGUGGAUGAUUGGGAUGUUGCCUUUGGUGAAUUCUAUGGACAAUCUUCUUGGGAGGAAGGGGAUAUGAGAGGGUUAUCUGAGACAAUUGAUCCACCAAGUAAACCAGAAGAAAGAUUAAGACUUCUGCAUGAGCCCUUAGAACAAGGUCCAACCAUCAUAUAUGUUCCUACUAGAAAAGAAACAUUGAAAAUCGCAAAAUUUCUUUGUGGUUUUGGUGUGAAGGCAGCUGCUUAUAACGCAUCGUUGCCAAAAUCACAUUUAAGGCGGGUUCACAAGGAAUUUCAUGAAAAUACUUUAGAGGUAGUUGUUGCAACAAUUGCUUUUGGAAUGGGGAUUGACAAGUCAAAUGUCCGAAGAAUCAUCCAUUAUGGUUGGCCACAGAGUUUGGAGGCAUACUAUCAAGAAGCAGGUCGAGCUGGCAGGGAUGGGAAAUUAGCAGAUUGCACUCUAUAUGCAAACCUAACACGUGUACCGUCACUCUUGCCAAGUAAAAGAAGUGAAGAUCAGACAAAACAAGCAUAUAAGAUGCUAUCUGAUUGCUUCAGAUAUGGGAUGAAUACUUCAUGCUGUCGGGCUAAGAUACUUGUGGAGUACUUCGGAGAGGAUUUUAGUUGUGAUGCAUGUCUCUUGUGUGAUCUGUGCACUGAUGGAGUUCCUCAAAUGCAGAAUUUGAAAGAGGAGGCGGAUCUUUUAGUACGGGUUAUUGCUACUAAUUGUGGGAGCACUUUCAUGGAUGACUCAUAUGAUGAUACUACAUGCACUGACAUUAAGCAACGGAGAUCUAUGGAAAUGUUGAAUCUCAGAGCGUAUGUCAGCAAAAUAAGGGAGCUGUGUCAAAAAUUUGUGACAACUGAUCUGCUAUGGUGGCGAGGUCUUGCACGAAUUCUGGAAGGUAAAGGGUACAUCCAAGAGGCAGAUGACAAGAUUCAUGUUCAGAUAAAAUUCCCAGAGCCAACAAAAUUAGGACUGGAGUUUCUGAGAUCUAAAGGGGAUGAAACUUUCGAUGUUUAUCCUGAAGCAGAUAUGCUGCUCUCAAUGAACAAGUGCACAUCUUAUUCAACUUUCACAGAAUGGGGAAAGGGCUGGGCAGAUCCUGAGAUUCGUCGUCAGCGCUUAGAAAGGAUGCGACAAAAUCCAGAUGGGUCCCGUGGUAAACAGAAGCAACGAAAGUCCCGGAUGUCAAGAAAGUCACGGAGUAGAAAAUCAAAUAAAAACAACUCAGAUUUGAGAACUGUCAGAGGUAGAAUAGAAGCAAAACUCUCAAAAUACAAAUGACAGAUCAAGGUCAUUGAAUUAAUGAAAAUGCAUAUGUAUUGAAUAUGUGAUUUGGUUGUUUUGAUAAUUCAAUAUCAAAGAUUGAAAGUUAAAAGAGAAGAAUGUAUUUUUUUUUACUAUAAAAGAGUUUUGUAUGUAGGUCUUGUAGUAGAGUAGUGCAUACCAAGAUUGUAAUCAAUUACAGAACCUGAUUCAUUUGUAGUUUUUAGGGACAGGAGGUGAAAUAAGGGUGCUUUUAAUUCCAUGGUUUAUAUAUCCAAAAAAAUAGAGAAAAAAAUUGUGCAAAGAAAACAAUUAUACUGCAAAAGAUUUGUUGCACAUGGUGAUCUUUGAAAUCAUUACCACGGCAUGGGAGGCUCUCAGUGACAAGUUGAGUCGAGAAGUGUAUGAUGUUGGUGCUGGUCUGUUGCGUUUGCUGAGCAAACAACAAGAGACUAGAAAGGUUGAGAGCAAGACGUUGGAGUUAUUGGAAAGAAAAGAUGUGCAUCCGAUCGAGGACAUGAGUAGAAGAAACCGUGCCAAAAGGAUCACCUAAGGCUAAGGUUGGCUUGGCUACGAUGUAUAUGAUGUUUUUGUGGGUACAAAAGAAACAAUUUCUUGAUUUCUUGCUAUGUAGAAGAUUUGUUCUUUCUUGUUUUCUUGCUAUCUAUAUGUAUAGAAUAUUGAUAGGACUUUCUUUUCUUUUGGUUUUGAGGUUGGCUAGGGUUUGAUAGAAAGGAAAUAAGCAUGGAAAAAGAGAUAAGGAUUGGUAGUUGGUGAAUCAGAUUGGAAGUACAAAUUUGUCUUA